CACGUGAUCAAGGUUUGCCAAAGAUGAUGCGAUUAGGAAGCUGCAAGUCGCAAAUAAAAUGAGCAUAACAUUAAUUUGACAGUAGAAACAAUGGCAGAAGCUGGUGACAGUGACCAUGUGGCCGGUCCUUCUGGUACUCUGCGCCCAUCUUUUGCAUUGGGCAGAGGACCGGCAGGGCGCUUGUUACCGAAUCCUCCACCACCAGGCAGACUCACUUCGUUACGCUCCAGAGACCUUACACUCGGAGGGUAUAAAAAGAAAACAUUCGUACCAAACGUCAACUCCAUCCGGAAAAACAAAGAUGAGUUAAAGGCGGAGACCCACGUCACACCAAAAACGGAAAAGAGAAAACGUGAAGACCGGCAGAAGGAGUGGAGACGCAGAGAGAAACCACAAACUAUCCAGUCCCACUCCAUUUUCGAGCAGGGUCCUGCAGACACCUUCAAAAAAGCAGGAAGCUGGGGAGCCUCGAAUCUGAGCGACUGUGAUCCUGCGGCGCUCACAAGGUCUGUCAAAAAGGAAAAGAACGCUGACGACGACGACGACUGCAAGAUUUUAGAAAAGCUGCAUCGAGAUGACUUCAUAGACGACCCUGGACUGAAGAAUGACCCCAGGCAGGAGCCGAUAAGACUUCCCCUGCAUCAGUCGUGCCACGCUUGGUCAACCAGGACGUCCGCUUCUUUAAAGGAAGCGUCGUCCCCGCAGUCGACCGGAACCGCUUCUCAUCAUCCUCCUACCGUAGGGGAACUAUUCCAGCGCCUAAAUCUGUCACAGGAGGAAGAGCUGAUGUUCAUCCAGCUCCCUGAUACCAUACCGGGCCCCAGGAAAGCUGCAAGUGAGACAAUCCCUAAAACAGACGGCAAAGCUGAAGAUAAAAGCGCCGCUCAGCUCAAAACACAAGAUCGGGUGGAGGAGGAGGCCACACCCGUGCUCUCCGACCUCUCAGAGGGACCGAUAGGAAAGCUGCAAAUCAGGAGAUCCGGCAGAGUGCAGCUAGUCAUGGGCGACGUUACGCUGGACGUGUCCGAAGGAGCAGCGUUUUCUUUCCUGCAGCAACUGGUGUGCGUGCGGCUCACCGAGGGUCGCACCGGAGACCUGACCGUGCUCGGCAACGUCAAACACAAGCUGGUGUGUUCCCCCGACUUCGAGGCUCUCCUGCACGGGGUCAAAGCGUCCCCACACACCAAACCUGUCUCGUCCUGACCCGAUUCUGUGUUUUUUUUUAUUAGUUUUGAAUUGUACGGACACAUCAGGCUUUUAUACAGUGUUAAUAUUUAUUUAGCGAGUAAAGAUACGAUACAAAA